AGGAGGCCUACAGCACUGUGUGCAUUUUGAUUUUCUGUACGCAUCUGCAAGCCCACCAGGCACAAGUAAGGGCUGCCCAAGUAGCACAUGGGCAAGAUCCAUAAGAAUUAAGAGAAGAGUACAGGAGCAAAGCCCACAGCAAUUCUUUAUGUCUUUCUAUCCCUCUCUUCAGGACAUUUCCCCCUCUGUGAAUCCCCAGCCUUCCUAGAGAAAUGCCUGUAUUUCACCGUUUGCCUUUUAGCUGUGUGCUGAAUUUUGUAAGGAAUGCAGAAAGAGUCAAGCCAAGCAAUAAAGUGUCACUGCCUGGACAGCACCUCCUCUUCCCCUAAAUUCAGUGUAGCUCAGGUUUUUAAAAUGACAAUGUUCUAACAUUGUCACCCUUUGCAGGACUGUGGAAGAAUGUUUCAGUGACUCCAAUAAUUUAAAAAAUGCCUGCUAGUUGUUCAUUGUUCAACAGGGACACAUUGCACAGCUGAAUAAUUCCUAUUGGUUCCCGGUAGUUGAUGGAGGAAACGCCACAGGAGCAAAGGAAGAGACUGGUUGAAGAAAGCAGAAUAAAUUAGGAUCAUUAUUUCACCCUGGUUCAUGCUUGGAUAUUCAGUUAUUUGACAUGGGCACCAGAGCUUCAAGUUUGCAUUUAAGUGUGGCCAAAGAGCUGUAUCCCUGUAGUGGGACCUGGGAGGUGGGAUGGCUGGAGGGAUGGCUGGAGGGAUGUCUGGAGGGAUUGUUGGAAGGAUUGUUGGAGGGAUGGCUGGAGGGAUGGCUGGAGGGAUGACUGGAGGGAUGACUGGAGGAAGGAGUGUGCUCUCAUUGCAGAAGGCCCGGCUGUUGACUGCUCAAGUCACCCACCAGAGGAUGCGUUUGCCCCGCAGAAGCCGUCUCUUUAAUCCCUGGGCAAAGCGUGCCUUUUCCUUCCUUCAGGCACUCUCCGGGAGGGCUCGGCUCCUCAGAGGGAAGCUCCCAGCUGCCCUGCCAGCACUCUCCGUGAGGGCUCGGCUGCUCAGAGGGAUGCUCCCAGCUGCCCUGCCAGCACUCUCCGGGAGGGCUCGGCUGCUCAGAGGGAUGCUCCCAGCUGCCCUGCCAGCACUCUCCGGGAGGGCUCGGCUGCUCAGAGGGAUGCUCCCAGCUGCCCUGCCAGCCUUGCUCUCCGUUCCCCCGCGGGCCGGGGAGCGCUGCCCUGCCGGGCUGUGCCGCUGGAGGGCGCUGCCCGCCCGCCUGCCCAGCUCCGCGCCCAGCGCGCCCCGCGGGCUGCUCGCAUCGCCCUGGAAAACACAAACAUCCCCAAAUCCACAGCUGCGGGUGCCGAGCCGUGCUCAGCAAGCCGGAGGCAUUGGGGGAACUAUUUAACAAAAUGAUAAAAAAGUAUUUUACCAUAACCUGAGCUCAAUCUAGUGGCUGCCCCAAGGCCCUGUUUCAGCAGAUGUGCCCGACAAGAGCAGUGGUGCUUCAUUAUAUGAAAUUUCAUAUUGCUGGCCCACAGUACAAGACAAGUCUUUGACCUCUGGUGCCCACGUUUUGCUCAGACUUGAGGAGCCCUUGUCAAGGGAAGAAAAGCACAGAAGGUGAUAUGCUUCUGGUCACCUAGUGAAGGUCUUCUCUCAUUACCAUUUCAGUGCAUGGAAGAGAGGAAGAAAGAGGCUGCUCUAACUGGCAGGUUCUCCCAACCACAUGUCCUUCUGGCAGCUAUGUGGGUGUCAUGGGGAUUGAAGUUUUUAAUAAGCGACCGUGACAGAGACCCCCAGUGUAACCUGCAUUGCUCCAGGUCCCAGUCCAAACCCCUGUGUGCCUCUGACGGCAGAACAUACGAGUCGAUGUGCGACUACCAGAGAGCCAAGUGCCGUGAGCCGAGUCUGAGCGUGACACAUCGUGGCCGCUGCAAAGAUGCUGGCCAAAGUAAGUGUCGAUUAGAGAGAGCUCAAGCACUGGAACAGGCAAAGAAGCCCCAGGAAGCAGUCUUCAUCCCAGAAUGCAAUGAGGAUGGAUCAUUCAUGCAGGUGCAGUGCCAUACCUACACUGGAUACUGCUGGUGUGUGACACCUGAUGGCAAGCCUAUUAGCGGCUCUUCUGUACAGAACAAAACUCCUGUAUGUUCAGGUUCUGUAACUGAUAAACCAUCAAGCCAGGGUAAUUCAGGAAGGAAAGUUUCUUUUCGAUUCUUUCUAACCCUCAAUUCAGAUGAUGGUUCGAAGCCAACGCCUACCAUGGAAACCCAACCUAUUUUCGAUGGAGAAGAAAUCACAGCACCCACCCUUUGGAUUAAGCACUUGGUCAUCAAAGAUUCCAAAAUGAACAGCUCCAAUAUAAGGAAUUCAGAAAAAGUUCACUCCUGUGACCAGGAGAGGCAGAGCGCCCUGGAGGAGGCCCGGCAGAACCCACGGGAGGGUAUCGUCAUCCCCGAGUGUGCUCCUGGAGGACUCUACAAACCAGUGCAAUGCCACCAGUCAACUGGGUACUGCUGGUGUGUCCUGGUGGACACAGGACGUCCCCUGCCUGGUACUUCCACUCGGUAUGAGACCCCAGUGUGUGAGAGCGAUGCCAGAUCAAAGAGCACAGAGGUUGAUGAUCCCUUCAAGGACAGAGAACUUCCAGGCUGCCCAGAAGGGAAGAAAAUUGAAUUUAUUACCAGCUUACUUGAUGCUCUGACUACGGACAUGGUACAGGCUAUUAACUCAGCAGCACCUACUGGGGGUGGGAGGUUCUCUGAGCCAGACCCCAGCCACACACUAGAGGAGCGAGUGGUACACUGGUAUUUCAGCCAGCUGGACAACAACAGCAGCAAUGACAUCAACAAGCGGGAGCUAAAGCCUUUCAAACGUUAUGUGAAGAAGAAAGCCAAGCCCAAGAAAUGUGCCCGGCGUUUCACUGACUACUGUGACCUCAACAAGGACAAGUCAAUCUCUCUUCAGGAGCUGAAAGGGUGUUUGGGAGUCAACAAGGAAGGAGGUAGCCUGAGCAGUUUGCCUAAUGGAAAAAGACAAGGCCUUAACCCUUUCAUAGGUCGCCUGGUGUAGCAGCAGAAGACAAGAAGGGAAGGCAGGAGCUGACCCAAAGGAAGAAAAGAUCCAGUGACAGAUGGACAGACACCUUGCUGCUUGUGAGCAAGCACGCAGCAUCAACAACAUCCAGCGUAGCAGAAGUGGCACCCAGAACAUUUGCACUUUUAAAAAAUUGGUUUGGGUUUGUUUUUAAUCGCUUUUCAGUGCCAUUAUCUAAUACUUUGGAAAGUGGAGGGAAGCAGGAUCAUGACUUUUUAAAAUUGGAACAGCUACUGAUGAUGUAAAAUUGAGUUCACUGGGACUCAAAGAAUUUUAUAUACUGUAUAUAAAUAUAUAUGUAAAUUGUACAGUUGUCUUGUACAGGGGUUGAAGUCACUGUUCUGUUCCUCCCUUUGCUUUUGAAGGCUAUUAGGGUUAGAGGGACACUUUGCAUUUAAUGGAUGAUAGUAAUGCAUUCAUUUCUGCCACCAAACCAUCAUUCAGUGGUGAGCCUUAAGAGCACCUCCAUGCAGAAAGGAGCCAGUGUAUCAGCAUGAAUUGUUCUUGCAGAUGUGCAUGCAGUGCCCCAGACACAAAAUGCUUCUUGAGAGCAGCUGAACCCCUUUUCUUUAAAACUCUCUGCAACUCAGGCAGUUGGGCUUUUGAGAGCACAGAUUUCAUAUAUGUAUUGGUGCACUGCACAGCUGCUUAAAGUAGGGGGAUAGAAAAGGGUUGUAUUAGAGAAGUACAAAAGUAGUUUAUCCACUUGUUGCAGUUGGGCAGAAAUGAAAUACAAAUGCAUUGCUAUUCAUGCUCAGAUAACAUGCUUAGCAAAGAUGUGCCAUGCCUCUGGAAUCUAAAGCUGUAGGAAGGAUGUGGAAGCCAUAGGCCUAGUAGAGUCAGUGGAGUGAAGUCUUGCAUCUUCAGCUCUGACAAAGUGUUCAUCUGUAUGUUGUACAGCAAUAAACAUUUUGAGAAGCCUGCUAAAAGCAGCACCAGCCUGCCUUGUGCUUUGCUGAAGAGCAAAGAACAUACUUGUCAGUGCAGACAGACACAGUUGUGCUGCUGGUCCCCAAGAGUCUGCUUUACUUCUUUCAGCAGUACAGCCUGGGCCAUGCUCACUGGUGAAGGUCUGUCAGCAGUGACUUUUUUUGUCCUUGGUGGUUGUGAAUCCAAGCUCUCCUCCUGCACAGUGGUGUGCCUGCCCACCUUACCUGUUCUGCUGUUGCUAGUACCUCGUGGGUACUGUGGCACUGGGGUGUGAUUAGCAGUAACAGUGAAGGCUUGGAGUGAGGAGUUCUGGUGUUCUUGGAGGCCACAGGGGCUGUGUCAACCCCUAGGAGUUUUACCAAAGUUGUUUCUUUGGCAGGGGUGCCCAUAUCAGCAAUCCUAGAUUGGGGCAGAGUGUGAUGGGACACACAGGGUUUUGCUUUGUGUAUUUCCAACCACUGGCAGCACUCGCCUGUUCUGGGCAGCCUCCCACUUCAGACCUGGUGAUCCUUCUGCCACUUAUCUCUGGACCAGGAACCUGCUAGAAGAAACUGUAGUGAAGGUGAUGAAAUGACAUGCUAAUACAAGAUCACACCAACAAUUACUUGUAAUAGCUAUAGGCUACUCUAGAGACUGGAGUUAUCCCUCAAGGCUCUGUUACUUUGGUAAAAGAUGACACAACACAGCAUCUUCACUCUAGGAUGUCAUCAUGACAAUAGCAUGAGAUAAAUACAUCACCAAAAAAAAAAGUGUCCUGAUGCAGUAAGUUAGUGCUUGUUGACAAAAUGGAAAGUUAAAUAAAAGAAAAACUAACAAGCCUUUCUAUAAACAACUGUUUAAGCGUAGUAAUAACUCUUCCUCUGGGAAGUAUGUUGGAGCUAAUUAAAAUAUAUGGCAGGUUCAAAACACUUCUGGUAAUAUCUGAAAUAUACAUCAUAAUAUAAAGAAGUCCUCUCUUUAGCAAGAGCAGAUCUUGCUGCUGGAUCUUCAUGGUUUCUCACAUACAAUGUAUGUGCUAUUUUGGCCCACAAGCUCCCACCUUCUUGAUUGCUUCUUCUCUUUUUGUUCUUUGGCUUUUGGUUUUGUUUUUGUUUUUUUUUUUUUUAAUGCCCUUGGCACAUCUUUUGUGUGUUGAAAGAAGUUGAUUUAGUGUAUAGUUAGAAAUGUCCAUGUCACACUCACUAAUCCUACUGUAGGGAGUAAAGAAUGAAACCAACUGUAUAAAAAAAAAACCCUUUCCAUUUUAAUAUUCUAGUUCUAGGAAUUAAAAGUUCUGGUUGCUGGAUUGUUUGGUGAUUUGGGGUUUUUGGGGGUGGGGUUUUUCUUUGUUUGGUUGGGUGUUUUUAAUGUAUAGUUAUUUCCAGCAGAAACAGACAAUUGGAUGCCUCUGGGAAUUCUAUCAAGUACUGGGGCUGGGAAAUGCCCCACAAGAUUGUGGGGGGACUGCAGAGCUUCUAAAACUCACUGCAUCUUCUGGAAAUAAACCAGCCAGUCACCACUCCUGCUUGUUAUAUAAAUCCUUCUGCUGACCUCCUUUUUCUCAUCCUUGUGUCCUUCCCCUCCAAAAGGCCUGCAUUCACAUGUGGUUUGCAACUAAAAUUGGGUCAGUUCUUCAAGGAAGGCAAACAAGGGGUGGCUGUUGGUUAACUUUGGUAUUUGUGGGUAUUCCUGUUGCUAGGCCCAGGCUGACUUUAUGGAUAGAUUGGGGACCAGGCAUUACAUUGCUUUCCCCAGUCACAAGACAGUUCCAAGUCCCUGCAUCCUGACUUGUGAGUUUGCGUGGGUCUCUGAGCAGCUUCUGGCAGUGCUUGUACAUUGCCAUGGAAGGCCCAAGCAGCAUGAUGGUGUCAUGUCCAGGCAGAGGUUACUUGUUCUGGGUUUGUGUUGGAGCAUUGUGCAGACCAUACUGGUUCUGAUUCACGUAGCCCAUGCUGGGAGCUGUCCAACAACCUGUACUCACCAGACAAGAGCAGUGCCUCAGCUGCCCAUUUCCCCUCUUGGUUUUGUUGCCAAGUCCACCUGGCUGCUAGGCCAAUUUGUCCUUACCUGGUGGUUGUAAGCAGUCUUCUGCUCUGCCUUGCAUCAGUAGCAUCUUUCUGAAGCUGGAACACAGGGAGUGUCAGUGUUGUGUCUGAAGGCAGACCCUGAGCAUAUGUCUCCUCAUCCUUCAAAUCCUCCUGGGCCUCUCCAGCUCUACUUUGAAUGAUGGCUGAAAAUGGCUGGGACAGAGAAGAGAACCAGGACUCGACAGUGAAGCUCAUCUGUUUGUCCUUCCAGAAGUAAAAAAAAAUUCCUUUCUUGCUGAUCUUCCAAGGGCAUAGUGUGUUGUAGGAAAUUGCAUUACAGUGGAAUACUGCUUACCAUGGCCUGAGUGUGUAUUGAACUUACCCUGCCCCAGCACAUUUCUGCCUAUGGCAAAUUUGUUAAACUGAAAGGCAUCUGUUUGGUUUUGGUUUUGUAAUAAAAUAGAUAACUUUU